AUGCUAGACGAGCAUAUUUGUCUUGCAUUUGCAGGAUUGAAUGCGGACGCGCGGAUUUUGGUUGAUAAAGCACGCGUUGAGUGCCAGUCCCAUCGACUUACCGUGGAAGAUCCGGUGACUGUGGAUUACAUCACUCGACACAUCGCUGGGAUCCAGCAGAAAUACACGCAGUCGGGUGGUAUGCGGCCAUUUGGCAUUUCAACUCUUAUUAUCGGCUUCAACCAAAAUGAGACACAACCUCGCUUGUAUCAGACCGAGCCAUCAGGUAUGUUCUCGGCCUGGAAAGCCAACGCCAUCGGUCGUUCGUCCAAAACAGUGCGUGAGUUCUUGGAAAAAAAUUACAAAGAUAGUAUGUCGCAAGAUGAAACUAUCAAGCUCGCCGUUAAGAGCUUGCUAGAAGUGGUUCAAGCUGGUGCUAAGAACAUUGAGAUUGUCGUUAUGACUGGACACGGUGAAUUGAAGGCGCUUGAGCAAGAGGAAAUCGAGUCUAUUGUUAAACAGAUUGAGUCUGAACAAGAAGCCGAGGCUGAACGGCGCCGCACCCGUUUGGCAGCCACAGCUAGCGCUGAGGCAUCCAUGUAUGGUGGUUCAAACUAA